GGCAGCAGUAGUGAUAUAUCUGGGUUUGAUUCUGGCUUUUGGUUUGCGAUCUGGACGGUUCGCAAGAUGAGCGGCCAAAAUAGUCAAAAUCCGAGUUUAGAAUCUAACUCUCUUUUCUCUUCCCUGAAGGUGGGAGCUCUAAGCGGCUCUGCAGGCCUUGUCUAUGGAGGGAUUUCAGGCGUCGUUCGAUCUUCUCGCCACCCGGUGAUACAUUCUAUAUCGUGUGGUAUCCAUUGGUUCGCCUGUGGAACCUCUUUUUGGUGGCUGAGGAGCAAUAUCUUGAAACUCCACUAUGAAGAUAAUGCCUCCCCGAAACAACGCGCUUAUGUCAGCGCCUUGUCAGGAGGAAUUGCUGGCGGAGCCGUGACAAGAUUAAUGGGAGGCCGGCUCAUUCCAGGGGUUGUCGUUUUUUCACUACUAGGCUAUCUCGGGCAAGGCUCAUAUAAUGCGAUCGACAAAUGGCAAAUAGAACAGGCUAAUACUCCAUCUAAGCCAAUCAUUCAGCGGAUCGCCGACUCGAAAUGGAUACCUCUCAAGUCUCUUUCGGAUGAUGACUAUAGAGGGCUUCUAAGCGAAAAAUUGCUGAGCAUUGAGGCUGAGAUGGCACUCCUUGAUGAAAAGAUCGAAGAACUUGAAAAGUCCAAAUCCCGUGGAUCAGAUGCAGGACAACCGAAAACUGAAUCGAAGUAAUGCAGAGCAUCGAUCAGUAUUCUUUUUCCUCCAAAAGAUGGUCCCUCCUCCCGGAAUGGCUUCGACUGCUGUUGGGAUCGUAUUGACUGAAGCCAGAUGAAUAUCGGUGACUUUUAUUGCUUGAAAGGAUUCUGCCGCUGGAAUUUCGACUAUGUUAUGAAUUAUCCAUGGCGUAAAUAAGUGAUCUCCUGUUCUGUGGAGGAGUCGAAACUCGCUCAGUUUUACUUGCAGCAGGGGUUUGAGGGGACAACCUAGUUGAAAUUACAGUAUGCCCCCAUGGACAUGCAUACAUCGUCU